AGGUUGGCCGGGUGCUGAGCGUCGGGGACGGCAUCGCCCGUAUCUACGGCUUGAAGGGGGUGAAGGCGGGCGAGAUGGUCGAGUUCUCGAGCGGCCUGAAGGGCAUGGCCCUGAACCUGGAGACGGACAACGUCGGCGUAGUGGUGUUCGGCGACGAUCGUGCCAUCGUGGAGGGCGACAGCGUCAAGUGCACCGGCACCAUCGUGGACGUGCCCAUCGGCGACGCCCUUCUCGGCCGGGUAGUGGACGCCCUGGGAACGCCCAUCGACGGCCAGGGGCCCAUCGCCACCAAGGAGAGGCGCCGCGUCGAGCUGAAGGCGCCCGGCAUCAUCCCGCGCCAGAGCGUCCACGAGCCCAUGACCACGGGACUGAAGGCCGUCGACAGCCUCAUCCCUAUCGGCCGCGGGCAGCGCGAGCUCAUCAUCGGCGACCGGCAGACGGGCAAGACCGCCAUCGCGAUCGACACCAUCCUGAACCAGAAGUCCAUCAACGCAGGCCCCGACUCGAAGCUGCACCUGUACUGCAUCUACGUGGCCGUCGGCCAGAAGCGCUCCACCGUGGCGCAGCUGUUCGAGAUCCUGCGCAAGAACGAUUGCCUGAAGUACACUACGAUCGUGGCGGCGACGGCCUCCGACGCCGCGCCCCUGCAGUUCCUGGCGCCCUACACUGGCUGCGCCAUGGCGGAGUACUUUCGCGACACGGGCAAGCACGCGGUCAUCUUCUACGAUGACCUGUCCAAGCAGGCGGUCGCGUACCGCCAGAUGUCCCUGCUGCUGCGCCGGCCCCCUGGCCGUGAGGC